GUCAAAAAUGCAUAACUAAUAAUAGCUCUUCAAAAUGUGUUCCAUAAUGCUUUCGUUUGUGCUUAUAGGAUUAGGUAUUUUUGUAGUUAGUGCUGAACGUGUCGCUGUUGUGCAGAUUUUUAGACAUGGACAUCGUACACCAGUAACAUUUUAUCCUACUGAUCCAUAUAAGAAUUCUGAUGUUUGGAAUGGAAAGAGUCUUGGAGAGCUGACAAAUGUUGGAAAGAUUCAGCAUUAUGAGUUAGGAAAUUUCACAAAAAAUCGAUACUCACUUUUUAUGCCAAAUAAAUACCAUAGCUCUCAUUUUCGUAUAGAAACCACCGAUGUUGAUAGAACUGAUAUGUCAGCUCAAGUGAAUGUUUACAGCAUGUUUCCUGCUACGGGUGACGAUAUAUGGCUUCCAAGUAUAAACUGGCAUCCAAUUCCUAUACGUUCUUGCGAUGAAUCGAUUUGGAGCAGCAUGUAUUAUCCAGUAUCUUGUGAUAUUUUUUUCCAACUCCUUGCAGAUGUUCUUAGUAGUGAGGAAUAUCAAGAACUUAAUAAAAAAUAUGAAUCUACAUACAAGAUUUUGUCCAAAAAUUCCGGUAAAGAGGUUACCGAUGUUGUAGGGGCCAUGGACAUUUGGGAUUCAUUGAAAUCUGAAGAUACUAUCGGUUUGACGUUACCUGAUUGGACAAAAGAGGUAUAUCCUGAACCUUUACGUACUCUAGUGGGAUAUGCAUUUGCAUCAAGCACUUUUACGACACAAAUGAAAAGAUUUUUUAUUGGACCUUUCCUGAAUGAAAUAGUGAAGUAUUUCAAUUCCAUGGCCGAAAACCCUACAUCUUCUCAAAGAUUCAAGUUAUAUAGUGGCCAUGACACAAAUAUUGCGGCUGUUCUUAACACCUUACGAGCUUUCAACCCCCCUUAUCCUCCAGCGUUUGCCAGCAGCAUUUACUUUGAACUAGAAAAAGAAGGGAAGGAAUAUUAUGUGAAAGUUUUUAGCAAGGAUGGUGAUGACUUUAAACAAAUAAGUGUUAAUGGAUGUCAACUGAAUUGUAGUCUUUCCGAUUUCAAAUCAAAACUUGAAGAUGUGCUUACAGAUGUGCCAUCUAGGGAUAGGGAAUGUUCACAAAGGGCUUUUCUCUCGCCGCAACCUACAGCUCAAAUAAGUACUCUAGUUUCAAAUCUUAGAGAGAGGUUGCGAAAUUUCAGUACAUAAUAUCUUCCAUUCUAUUAAAUAUUGAAAUUGAUGGAAAAAAUUAUUCUCGAAAAUGUUAUAAAACUAAUAUUAUCUCAUUGACGUGUUGAUAUUGAAAGAUAGUUUUCAUUUUGUAGAUUUUAUUCGUGCCAAAACUUCAAUAAAUAUAUUUAUUUUAUUCAAAUUAGAA